AUGGUUCAGACGCGCUUCGACAAAGAGAACACGGCUUGUGAUGAUUGCAUCAUCACCGGCACAUGCCUGUUUGUUUGGAUAGUGGACAUUGCGCGGUGUUUCAUCGAUAUUCCGAGGGAGAUUGACCUGCUGGCAGACUGUGUCGUCCUGAGUGUGACAGGAUGCAUGCAUGCGCAGCAGCAGAUUGAGAUCGACGACAUCAAGAAGAACGGCUAUCAAGGAAUGCCUCCACUCAUCAUGAACUCAUUGCCGCCAGCGCAGCAGAUGAUGUUUCAGAAGGUGGGCAUUUCUGGUGCCAGCGGAGGUAUGCACCCGGCGAUGGUUGGGGCGCCCCAGCCACAGUACAUGGACCAGUAUCCGCAGUACCCGCAGUGCCAGCCCCAGCUUUCGCGGUGA